UUCCCUCAAUCCAGCUCCCAGCGCAAGUCUCCGUGUCCCCCCGGGAGGCACCGGAGAAGCCAGGGAGGAAAGGCCGCUGCCGGCCGGGAGCCGGUGCCCCAGGGCGCCCUGAGGCGGUGCGGCCAGAGCCUGAGGGGCGAACGUGCCGCAGGAAGCGCUGCCUCCYCCGGGACCAGCCCGGGGGCUCCGCCGGGAAUGCUGUCGGGCUGCUUCGGCUGCAGUGCGAUUGUUAACGGGACCCCGGCCGGAGAGACCCUCCGSCCCCCGCGCUGCCCCCGGCCCGCCGGGAGACCGAACUGCGGUAGGGGCGGCUGCAGCCCCGGGGAGGCGAGGGUGCCGCUGCCCCGGGAAGGGGCUCGCUGCGGCGGGAGGCCGUCCCGGAGGAGCAAUGCUGCCGGGCACCGCCGGAGCGAAGGACGAGGAGCCUGGACUGCCCUGCUGAUGUUUCGGAGUUGAGGUAAUGGCAGAAGUCGGUCUGUGGGGCACGGCCGGAGGUCCGGAGCACGGUCUGGGGACUGCAGAGCGCCCGUGAGCGGCGCCGGGAUGGGGAACAGCGGCUCGGCCGUGAAGGUCUGCACGGAUCACCAAGGGGGCAUCAACUGGCUGAGCCUGAGCCCCGACGGGCAGCGGCUGCUCACGGGCAGCGAGGACGGCACGGCGCGGCUCUGGAGCACCGCCGACAGCCAGUGCCACGGACACUUCCAAGGACAUGAAAGCUACAUCACCUUUUGCCACUUGGAGAACGAGGCCGCCUUCACCUGCAGCGCUGACCACACCAUUCGGAAGUGGGACGUGGUGACCGGGCAGUGCUUGGCCGUUUACCGAGGACACACAUCAAUUGUCAACAGAAUCCUGGUUGCCAAAGACUAUCUCUUCAGUGGCUCCUAUGAUAGGACAGCCCGCUGCUGGAGCGUGGACAAGGAGAAACAAAUCCAGGAAUUCCGGGGCCAUCGGAACUGUGUCCUGACUCUAGCUCACUAUUCCUCYAGGGAUGUGCUUGAAGAAGAAGAGGAGGAAGAGGAGGAGGAGGAGAAAGUGAGCAGGGACCUGCUGGUGACAGGGAGCACGGACUGCACUGUGAAGGUCUGGUGGGUGUCCAGCGGGCGCUGCUACCAGACCCUGCUGGGACACACUGGGGCCGUCUUAUGCCUUAUACUUGAYGCACCAAACAGGGAGCUGUUCUCUGGCAGCACGGAUUACACCAUCAGGACCUGGAACAUUGUCACUGGAGAGCAGCUCAAAGUGUUCAAAGAGCACCAAGGAUCAGUAAUUUGCCUAGAGCUGGUGAAUCGGCACCUGUACUCGGGGAGCGCGGACAGGACAGUGAAAUGCUGGUUCGUAGACACUGGGGAGCGGAUCCAGACGUACAAGGCUCACAAACACAGCGUUAGCACUUUGAAGUACCACGCUGGCAUCUUGUUCACAGGAAGUGGUGAUGCCUGUGCAAGGGCUUUCAAUUCCAGGAGUGGAGUCCUGCAGAAGAUCUUCCGAGGACACAAGUUCAUCAUCAACUGUAUCCAGAUCCACAACGAGCUGCUCUACACAGCUUCCCACGAUGGCACAUUAAGGAUUUGGGACAUCCGGGGAAUAUGCAAGAGAAAUAAGCGGCGCUUGAAGAAGGAGAGGUCAGUGCAGGGCAGGGGCUCCCAGAAGGGGAGUUUGUCUCGUCUCUUCAACAAUAAAGUUGGCUGUAUGGUACAGCAGGAGAAUGGGGAACAUGAGGCUGUUGAACUGAUGUGACUAUCCAGAACAGGCUUUAUGUCAGUGACCAAAGCUGAACCUUUUGUUUUCUGCCAUCACUGUGUCCAUGUAAACCAGAACUUGGAAAGAGAUGGGAAAUGGCUGAACCUCUGUGUGAGGAGCCAGGAUUCUCUGUGGCUGCCAGAUGGACUCAGGUCAGAUCCUGUGGCUGCAGAUGACWCAGCUGAGCAGCUCUGGGGUCAGGAGGGGAGGCCGUGUGGUUUAGGUGAGGUACCACUGUGUGUGUGCAAUUAGGGACUUUCCUUAUGACUGCUGGUGUCAAUUCCCUCGGGCACGGAGGCAUUUCACCUCAGGCUGCCCAGUGUCUAAUGAGAUGUUUUCCUGUUCCUGUUGCCCACUCCYAUGACCUCUCAAUGUGGCAGUGAAGGGUAUCCUGCAGUGUAAUGCGGCCUUGAAUUCCAUCUUCACAGCUGACCUUUGGGUCAGUUUCUGGCUGAYGAGGCCAGUGCAGGAGGGUUUGGCUCUGCAGCAGUAGUUUAAAGCAGACUGGACACCUCUCUCGGAAGCUGGAAGUAGUAGGACAGAAAUUAAUUUAACUGGGUUUUUU